AGUGGCAUUUACGCGUCAGUGAGAGAGUAUAGUAUAAAAACGAUCUGGAUCUCAAAUAAGUAGAGUAGGAUCACUUUCUCCAUCGAAAAUAUCUCUCAAUUUCUCUGGAUCCAGCGACAAUGGAGGUGUUCUACUACGUGGUGUUCGGGGUCCUUGGCAUCGUCGUGGCGACGUUGGAGCUAAGCAAGAACAAUAAGGACCGGAUCAACACUUCUUCUGCUUUCACUUCUUUCAAGAACAACUACCUCGUCGUUUACUCUCUCAUGAUGGCGGGUGACUGGUUACAGGGUCCAUAUGUGUACUAUCUUUACAGUACUUAUGGGUUCAGUAAAGGGGAUAUUGGGCAGCUUUUCAUUGCUGGUUUUGGUUCCUCUAUGCUCUUUGGUACUAUUGUUGGAUCUCUAGCCGACAAACAGGGUCGUAAGAGAGCGUGUGUUACUUACUGUAUUACCUACAUAUUGAGCUGCAUCACCAAGCAUUCUCCUCAAUACAAGGUUUUGAUGUUGGGCCGUGUGUUGGGAGGCAUUUCUACUUCCCUUCUCUUUUCAUCUUUUGAAUCCUGGCUAGUUGCUGAGCACAAUAAGAGGGGCUUUGAGCAGCAAUGGCUGUCUAUAACAUUCUCAAAGGCUGUGUUUUUUGGAAAUGGUCUUGUUGCUAUUAUCGCUGGAUUGUUUGGGAACUUGCUAGUGCAUUCCUUCUCUCUUGGUCCUGUUGCGCCAUUUGACGCUGCUGCAUGCGUUCUUGCUAUUGGAAUGGCUGUCAUUCUAUCUUCAUGGUCUGAAAACUAUGGUGAUCCUUCUGACAACAAGGACUUGCUUACUCAGUUUAGAGGUGCUGCAAUCGCCAUUGCCUCUGAUGAAAAGAUCGCACUUUUGGGUGCCAUCCAGUCGCUUUUUGAAGGAUCUAUGUAUACUUUUGUAUUCCUCUGGACUCCUGCUCUAAGCCCCAACGAUGAGGAGAUUCCCCAUGGUUUCAUUUUUGCUACGUUUAUGCUCGCUUCGAUGCUCGGCAGUUCUCUUGCUUCUCGUCUAUUGUCUCGCUCAUCUCCCAAAGUAGAGAGCUACAUGCAGAUAGUCUUCCUAGUUUCUGCUGCCUCACUAUUGCUUCCAAUUAUAAUGGCUUCAUUAGUAGCACCUUCCAAAGUAAAAGGUGGAGGAAUCUCUUUCUCGGGUUGCUUCCAGCUUCUUGGGUUCUGUAUCUUUGAGGCGUGUGUAGGACUGUUUUGGCCAUCCAUAAUGAAGAUGAGAUCCCAAUACAUACCUGAGGAAGCCAGAAGCACAAUCAUGAACUUUUUCCGGAUUCCUCUGAACAUCUUUGUCUGUGUUGUCUUGUACAAUGUGAAUGCGUUCCCAAUCACAGUCAUGUUUGGAAUGUGCUCUAUCUUCCUCUUUGUUGCUAGUCUCCUGCAAAGAAGGCUCAUGAUGAUUGUUGACAAGCCAAAGACAAAUGAUUGGACACCUCUUAAUGAAAGAAACACAGAAGAUGAUCCUCUCAACGUUUGAUGAAUAAACUAUACAUUAUGCACAUUCUGGAUUCAAUAAUGGAGACAGAUAGAAGACAAGGAAAAGUUUUAAGGUUGUUUCUUAUGGCAAUAUAGCAUGCAACAAUUCGAACAGAAAGUUCAUAGCAGUGAAGUUUGAUUAUUUAAUUUUCUCGGCUAUUAUUUAUUGUUGUUGUUAGAAUUUAAAGACACGUUUAUUUUUGUAUGCAAUCAAUGAGGCAUUGUUUCUACCAUUUUGUUUGAGCUCCGUUUC